AUGAAUGAGCAACAACAUCAAUUAAUUGGUAUCAACCAGAAUUGUAUUACAAUAUCUAUACAAUGGUGUGACCCUAUAAUCGACUUCGACGAAGAGAACGGAGCCUUGCAAACCGCCGGUACUGUCAUUGUUAUGUGGCGUGACGAAUAUCUUCAAUGGGACAGCACGGCUUUUAACGGAACAGAUCAUAUUUAUCUCCCACAAAAUGACAUUUGGACGCCGGACAUUGCCCUCAAGAAUUCGAUUGCUUCAAUCAACACUCCGGGAUCAACUAACCUUAAUGUCUUCGUAUUUGAUACGGGAUAUGUACGCUGGUAUCUGUAUCAGGUUCUUCGGUCAUCGUGUGACGUAGACAUCCGGUACAUUCCAUUUGACGUUCAAACUUGCAGUUUAAUAUUUACCGCAAGGGGUUAUCUUAAGUCAGCCGUGCAUCUCGAUAGUAAACUCACAGAUUACAUCAAUUUGUAUGAAUACACUCCAAACAGCAUGUGGGACAUCCAAUCGACGGCUGCCAGGAACGUCAACACAACAGACCUAUCAGAGGUUCUGUUUGAGAUCAAAUUGAAACGAAAACCUGCAUUCUACAUCAUCAACAUCAUCGUUCCAAUUGUUCUCCUGUCCUUCCUGAAUAUCUUCGCUUUUGUACUACCAAUCAUGUCUGGUGAGCGUGUCAGCUUUUCUGUUACGGUUUUUCUAUCCCUGGCCGUGUUUCAAACCAUCGUCGCCUCAUCAUUGCCGAAGAAUUCUGAUAGCGUCUCCUUGCUGUCCGUUUACUUGACUCUCAUGACAGUUUUAAGCACGCUGACUGUGGUUCUGUGUAUUUUGGAAGCGCAAUUAGCCACUCGAAACACGACGGAACAUCCUAUUGGCAAUGGCUUCUUGACUAUUUAUAAAUUAGCCAACAAUCUGAAAUGCAAGACACGUAGACGUGCACAAAUGCAUAAAGAAUUGUCUGAGGAAGGUAUUAAGAACGCGGUCAACGUCGAAGUGAUUGCAGCACUGAAGGUUGACAGUCGGGGCUUCGCAGGGCAUUCAGUCGUGAAGGCCUACAGAGUACUUAGCAAGGAGACGGGCAAUAGCAGAUGUCUGCAGGCAAGCACAAUCAGCUUUCAAAAUGGUUAUGGCAGAUGA